GUCUCUCCCGGGAGGGAUCAUAUCACCCUCUACCACCUGCCCAAGCUCGGUAUCGUGCCGUUGCCCCCUAUAGGCUUGUUGUCGUUCGUGUACCCCUUCCCCCCCCACCUCGGCUCGUUUCACGGGGUCCUGGCGGGGGGUGAUGUGGAGACCCCUGCGCUGGGAGCCCCUGCUCCUCUGGGGUGCAGAGGUGUCCCUCGGCCUAGUUUCCCCCCGGUGUUGGGAGCGUAAGGGAGUGGGAGCCCUUACAUCCUUCUCCAGGGGGCAGGGAGCUGCCUCCUCAGCCUCUCAGCAGGGUGCUUCUGGUGAGGGUGGUGGGGCUCCGUGUUCCCCCCUCCCGGAGGAGGAGCGCACCGGCCCUUCCUUGCACCCUCCCCGGGGCUGCCUCAGGGAGGGGCUGGGGGUCUGUCCCUGCUGCGCUCCCCGUCCUAGGAGGGACAACUGCCCUGUCCUCCCCCAGCCCCUCAGGCUGUCCCUGGGGGCAGGUAGCUGCCUGCAUCAAGCCCUGCUCUGCUCCCAGUUUGCUGACAGGCCGAGGGAGAGGAUGUCGUCACGCAAUGCCAAGAUGCUGACCACCAGGCAGCUCUGCACAGGCAAGGUGGGCUCUGCUGCAGAGAAUGCCAACCCUGAGAAGGAGGAGAACUGUCAAGCCAAGAGGUCUCCAUCAUCGCCCCAGGGCGGGCCCAAGAAGAGGUCGGCAUUUGGGGACAUCACCAAUGCUCACAAGAACCAUGGGGUGGCAGGGAAGAAGGAGGCUGUGAAAGUGGCACCGCACAAGGCACAGAGGGCCCAUGCUGCCCUGGGGGUGGCCAAGAACAAUGAGAUCAACCUGAAAAAGUCACUGAAGAAAACUCCCCCAAGAGAGGCCCCCACAGAGCCCAAGACGGACCAUGUGCCAGCAGAGACAGUGCCUGUGCAGGUACCAGCAGUGGAGGACAUAGACAAGGAGCAGCUGGGUGACCCCUAUGCCAAUGCAGAGUAUGCCAAGGAUAUCUUUGAAUACAUGCGGGGAAGAGAGGAGAAAUUCAUGCUCCCCGACUACAUGGAGAAGCAGCCAGACAUCAGCAGGGACAUGCGUGCCAUCCUGGUGGACUGGAUGGUGGAGGUGCAGGAGAACUUUGAGCUGAACCAUGAGACGCUAUACCUGGCUGUGAAGCUGGUGGACCACUACCUGGUGGAGGUGGUGAGCAUGAGGGACAAGCUGCAGCUCAUUGGCUCCACCGCCAUCCUCAUUGCCUCCAAAUUUGAGGAGCGGUGCCCACCAUGUGUGGAUGACUUCCUCUACAUCUGCGAUGAUGCCUACAAUCGGGAAGAGCUCAUUGCUAUGGAGAUGAGCAUCCUCAGCACCCUCAAGUUUGACAUAAACAUCCCCAUCCCAUACCGGUUCCUGCGACGCUUUGCCAAGUGUGCCCAUGCCACCAUGGAGACUCUGACGCUGGCCCGCUUCCUCUGCGAGAUGACCCUCCAGGAGUAUGACUAUGCCCAGGAGAGCCCCUCAAAGCUGGCUGCCAGCUGCCUGCUGCUGGCGCUCACCAUGAAGAACCUUGGUGGCUGGACUCCCACGCUGGAGUACUACAGUGGGUACCGCUCCCAGGAUCUGCAUCCCCUGGUGAAGAGGCUGAAUUUCCUGCUCACGUACCAGCCCCAAGACAAUCUGAAGGCUGUGCGCACAAAGUACUCGCACAGGGUCUUCUUUGAGGUUGCCAAAGUCACCCCCAUGGACAUGCUCAAGCUGGAGGAGGUACUGAAGAGCUGCUAGCCCUGUCUCUGUAAAUGGCCUGUAAAUAGCGAUGUGCUCUCUGGCAGGGGAGCACUAUGUACAUAAAUGAUAGCAGUUUUAACUGAAGAGGAGUAGGGGGGAG